AUGGAUUCUGCCGUGGACAUGGCCGACAGCUCGCGCGCGCUGGAUCUUUCACGCAUCCGCUUCCAGCUCAUCCGUCUCGAAGACACAAUCACCUUCCAUCUCAUUGAGAGAGUCCAGUUUCCUCUAAACAAGACCAUCUACACACCAGGAGCUCUUCCCAUCCCUGAUAGCAGCCUGAGCUUCUUUGAUUAUUACUUUUCGCAGCAAGAGAAGCUUCAGUCUCUUAUUCGCCGUUUCGAGUCACCCGACGAAUACGCCUUCUUCCCAGAGGCAAUCCAGACACCCCUGCUAAAACCUCUCAACUAUCCCAAGAUCUUACACAAGAACGACGUUUGCGUCAACGACAAGAUCAAGAAGUUCUACAUUGAGAAAUUCUUGCCUGUUGUGUGCCCCAACUUUGGCCGCGAAGACCGAGGAGAGUCACAGGAAAACUACGGCUCGACGUCCACUUGCGAUAUCGCUUGUCUACAGGCACUAUCCAGGAGAAUCCACUUUGGCAAAUUCGUCGCCGAGUCCAAGUUCCAGUCGGACCCCGAGCUCUACACACAGCUGAUCAAGGCUGAGGAUCGGGAGGCCAUUGGCGAGUCCAUCACUAACAGGGCUGUGGAGCAGCAAGUUCUCGAUCGCUUACGUCUCAAGGCGGAGACCUACGGCAAGGACCCGUCAACGCUGGGAGGAAUAGAGCAGCCUGUCAAGAUCAAUGUAGAUGCGGUGGUGUCCAUGUACAAGGACUUUGUCAUUCCAUUGACCAAGGAGGUGGAAGUUGAGUACUUGAUGCAGAGGCUCCUACCAGAAUAG